AUGGAGCUGGCCACGCCCAGGGGAGCCAAAGGAGAGGCUGAGACCUCUGAGAUCCAGAGCCUCACUGGAGCUGAUCAUUGGAAACAGGUGAAGCAGAUCAUGGAGGAGGCGGUGACGAGGAAGUUUGUGCAUGAGGACAGCAGCCACAUCAUCUCCUUCUGUGCUGCUGUGGAAGCCUGUGUGUUGUACGGCUUGAAGCGGAGGGCAGCAGGAUUCCUGCGCAGCAACAAGAUAGCAGCUCUGUUUAUGAAGGUGGGAAAGAGCUUUCCUCUGGCAGAGGAGCUUUGCAAGAAAGUGCAAGACCUGGAGCAGCUCAUUGAGAAUGCACGAAAUCAAGUCCAGGGCAUCCCGGAGAAUGUGCGUAAGAUGCCGAAGCUGCCCAACCUGUCUCCUCAAGCCAUCAAGCACCUCUGGAUCCGCACAGCCCUCUUUGAAAAGGUCUUGGAUAAAAUCGUGCAUUACUUGGUAGAAAACAGCAGUAAGUACUAUGAGAAAGAAGCUCUCCUGAUGGAUCCCGUGGAUGGGCCAAUUCUUGCAUCCUUAUUGGUGGGGCCCUGUGCACUAGAGUACACAAAGAUGAAGACUGCUGACCACUUCUGGACAGACCCCUCAGCUGACGAGCUGGUUCAGAGGCACCGGAUCCACAGCUCGCACUGUCGCCAGGACUCGCCCACCAAGCGCCCGGCACUCUGCAUUCAGAAAAGGCAUUCGAGUGGCAGUAUGGAUGACCGGCCAUCGCUGUCUGCCAGGGACUAUGUGGAGUCGCUGCACCAGAAUUCCCGAGCCACGCUCCUCUAUGGCAAGAACAAUGUCCUGGUGCAGCCACGAGAUGACAUGGAGGCGAUCCCGGGAUAUCUGUCCCUUCACCAGACUGCUGACAUCAUGGCACUGAAGUGGACUCCCAACCAGCUGAUGAACGGCUCUGUGGGCGAUCUGGACUACGAGAGGAGUGUGUACUGGGACUAUGCCAUGACUAUUCGCCUGGAGGAGAUCGUCUAUUUGCACUGUCACCAGCAAGUAGACAGUGGUGGAACUGUUGUCUUGGUGAGCCAGGAUGGGAUUCAGAGACCCCCGCUGCGGUUCCCCAGAGGAGGGCACUUACUCCAGUUCCUGUCCUGCCUGGAGAAUGGCCUCCUGCCCCAUGGGCAGCUGGAUCCACCCCUCUGGUCUCAGCGGGGAAAGGGGAAGGUGUUUCCCAAGCUGAGGAAGCGAAGUCCCCAGGGCUCCUCCGAGUCUGCAUCCGACAAGGAAGAUGAUGAAGCCACAGAUUACGUUUUCAGAAUAAUCUACCCAGGAACGCAAUCUGAAUUUGUGCCCCAGGACCUGAUGGACACACCGGGUGCUGGUCUGCCUCCCAUGUGGCAACCCAGCACUCGCAAGUCCUCCUGCUCCUCCUGCUCUCAGAGUGGCUCCUCUGACGGUGGGCCAUCCAACGGCUGCAGCCACGAAAGAGCUCCGCUGAAGCUUCUGUGUGACAAUAUGAAGUACCAAAUCCUCUCCCGGGCCUUCUAUGGCUGGCUGGCCUAUUGCAGACACCUCUCCACGGUGCGAACCCACCUGUCUGCAUUGGUUCACCACAACAUCGUGUCUCCUGAUGUGCCCUGCAAUGCCAGCUCAGGACUCACUGUGGACAUAUGGCAGAGAUACCUGCAGGACAGCACGAGUUACGAGGACCAGGAGCUGCUGCGGCUGAUCUACUAUGGUGGGAUCCAGCACGAGAUCAGGAAGACUGUCUGGCCCUUCCUUUUGGGCCAUUAUCAGUUUGGGAUGACGGAGGCAGAAAGGAAGGAGGCUGACGACCAGAUCCGCACCUGCUAUGAGCACACCAUGGCGGAGUGGCUGGGUUGCGAAGCCAUCGUCCGGCAGCGGGAGAAGGAGUCACACGCAGCAGCUCUGGCCAAAUGCUCCUCCGGGGCCAGUCUGGAUUCCCACAUUCAGAGAAUGAUGCACAGGGACUCGACGAUCAGCAGUGAGUCUUCGCAGAGCUGCAGCUCUGGCCAACAGAAUCAUGCCCGGCUGCAGAGCGACUCCAGCUCCAGCACGCAGGUGUUUGAAUCUGUUGAUGAAGUGGAACAGACUGAAGCAGAUGCUCAGCUGGAAGAUGGCAAACAAAGCAAGAUCCCCAACGGGACGGUUCCCAACGGCAUGUGUUCCCCUGAUUCUGGCCACCCUUCUUCCCAGAACUUCUCCAUCGCCUCGGGAUUCUCAGAGCGCAGCUUCAGCAAUGAGGACAGUGCCCUGGAAACCAACAAAUCCUCAGCCAGCUCUCAGGGAAAGGUUGGUGGGUCUGACAUGCCAGGUCCACAGGACCAGGAUGGUGCCCAGCAGGAGGAGAAGCUGCAGGGCCAAGACAGCCUGGAAGGUGUAUUUCCCACUGGUGGAAGCGUGGACUUUGUUCCCAUGGGUGAGAGCUCGGCAAGGGUCCUGCAUGAUCGUGACGUUGUGGCCCUGACUGUGGUAGAGAGCUGGGCAGACAGCGAGGCUGAAAAGCAAAGCUUGGUGGAGAGUGAAGAUAAUCUCUCCGAGGAGCCAGAGAUGGAGAGUUUGUACCCACAGCUGGAUUCUCUGGCUGUAGCUGAUCUGGCCAACAGUGAAGCGUCUGCUGUCUCCUCGACCGGUGUCACCUACUCUCCAGAGCUACUGGACAUGUACACGGUGAACCUGCACCGCAUUGAGAAGGACGUGCAGCGGUGUGAUCGCAACUACUGGUACUUCACCCCUGCCAACCUGGAGAAACUCCGCAACAUCAUGUGCAGCUACAUCUGGCAGCACAUUGAGAUUGGCUAUGUGCAGGGGAUGUGUGACCUGCUAGCCCCUCUCCUGGUCAUCCUGGAUGAUGAGGCUCUGGCUUUCAGCUGUUUCACCGAGCUUAUGAAGAGGAUGAAUCAGAACUUCCCCCACGGAGGAGCCAUGGACACCCACUUUGCCAACAUGAGAUCUCUGAUCCAGAUUCUGGACUCUGAGCUCUUCGAGCUGAUGCACCAGAAUGGUGAUUACACUCAUUUCUACUUCUGCUACCGGUGGUUUCUCCUGGACUUCAAGAGAGAGCUGGUGUAUGAUGACGUGUUUGCCGUCUGGGAGACCAUCUGGGCAGCUGCGCAUGUUUCCUCUGCACACUAUGUGCUCUUCAUAGCCCUGGCUUUGGUGGAAAUGUACCGGGACAUAAUCUUGGAGAACAACAUGGAUUUUACAGACAUCAUCAAGUUUUUCAACGAAAUGGCUGAGCGGCACAACACCAAGCAGAUCCUGAAGCUGGCUCGGGACCUUGUCUAUAAAGUCCAGACUCUGAUCGAGAACAAAUGA